AUGAGCAACCGUAAGAAUACAGCAGCAAACCUGCUGUUGAGACAGUACAGGGAACUCACAGACGCCAAAAAAGCCAUCCCAUCGUUCCACAUCGAGUUGGACGAUGAUUCGAAUAUAUUUCUGUGGAACGUUGGUGUGAUGGUGCUAAAUGAGGAUUCGAUUUACCACGGAGGUUAUUUCAAAGCACAGAUGCGGUUUCCAGAAGAUUUUCCGUUUUCGCCGCCCACUUUUAGAUUUACACCCGCUAUAUACCAUCCCAACGUUUACAGGGACGGAAGACUGUGUAUUUCGAUUUUGCACACUAGUGGGGACCCCACAUCGGAAGAACCAGAUUCUGAAACGUGGUCUCCGGUUCAAACGGUAGAAAGCGUGUUGAUCUCUAUAGUUUCGUUGCUGGAAGACCCAAACAUCUCGUCGCCUGCCAACGUAGACGCCGCAGUGGACUAUCGGAAAAAUGUUGACCAGUACAAACAACGCGUGAAGCUAGAAGUAGAACGGUCGAAACAAGACAUCCCGGAUGGCUUUGUGAUGCCCUCUUCACGCACGGCAUAUGUGGCACAAAGGCACGCUGAGCCCGAGGAUACCAGAGACCUGGGCGACAACUUCUGGUACGACAGUGACGAGGAGGAUGAUAACGACGAAGGUCCCACUGCAGACAUGUAUGGCUACGGCAACGGUGACGACGAUGAAGACGAAGAUGAAGAAAUCCAGUUUGAGGAAGACGACGAUGUAAGCAUCGACAAUGACAGCGUGAUGGACCGCACACAGCCCAGUAAAGCUGAAGAUGAGAGCGAGGAUUUGGAGGACGAGAUGAAGCUGGAAAAGUGA